AUGAGCAGAUACGCAGGAAUCGUGCAUCGCUCCCCGGACCAACAUCUUCUGCAUCUACCGCUUCAAGAAGUCGAUGUGAGAGUAUGGAUGGUUGACGUUUCGGCGAGGGUGGUGCUCUCACAAGUAUUCGAGAAUGUAUCAGAAAACCCUACCAGUCGGGCCAAAUAUGUAUUCCCUCUUCCAGCGAGUUCUGCCGCUUGUGCUUUUGAACUCGAACAUGCCGAUGGUCGGGUUAUAGUUGGUGUCGUGAAGGAGAAGUCAGAAGCUGCAGAAGCCUUCCAGAGUGCAUUGGAUGCCGGAAAGACUGCAGGGCUUGUAGAAUGGGUGACAGACGACAUAUUCACGAUCUCAAUUGGUUCGAUUCCCGCCCGGCAGAAGGUUACGGCAAGGUUGACAUUCGUAAUGGAUCUUUUGGAUGAGGGAAGGCGAGACCAUGUCCGUCUACAGCUUCCAAUGGCUGUUGCUGAACGAUACGGCGAACCACCAGCAGCCAUGCUCGAUGCGUCCGCAGCUGAUGAAAGGACACGUGUUAAAAUCGCCGUGGAUGUUCAAACCAGUGAUACUAUACAGGAUAUACGCAGCCCUACUCAUCCGACGAUCACUCGCAUGCGUUACAAGACCCGUACCGGAAGAAAGUCUGAACGACGGAUGUCCGUAACAUGGUCGUCUGCGACAUUCCUAUAUGAAGACUUCGUGCUGACGGUGCAUGCUCUUGGACUCGACAAGCCUCGGUGUUUUGCGGAAGUCGAUCCCCAGCAUGCGGAUACAAUUGCUAUGCAGCUCUCAUUUGUACCGAAGUUCAAGAUGCCUCGCGUAGUUUCGCAAGAGUACAUCUUCGUUGUUGAUCGCAGCACGAGCAUGAGGGGAGCCCCAAUGGAGACCGCUAAGCACACGCUAGAAAUGCUUAUUCACCUAUUGCCAGACUCACAUACGACUUUCAAUAUCUUUACCUUCGCGGGCGAGGUUGAUUGUAUGUGGGAGACAAGUGUGCCUUUCAACGAAGUGACCAUGCAGGAUGCGAUCUCCAAUAUACAUGUCAUACAGGCCAACUAUAGCGGAACAGAAAUUGCGAAGGCCCUGGAGUUUGCUGUUGCGUCACGUGAUCAUGAUCGCCCAACUGCGAUGUUCGUCCUCACUGACGGGGACAUACACCCUUCCGCAGACCUCGACCCAUUCACAGUCGUCUCUACGGCUGUGAAUAGCUGCAGGCCCAACGGACCCUUGAGGGUAUUCACCCUCGGGAUUGGUGAAUAUGUGUCAUCAGCCAUGUGUGAGCGCCUUGCUCGUGAGGGUGGAGGUGAAUGUCUGUUCGCCGUUCAAGCCGAGGACAUCACAGAGAAGUGUGCCAGGCUUCUGAAUGCCGGUCAGACACGCGUGAUCGAGAGUGUCACAGUUGAUUGGCACGGUUCGGGAACUCCGCCAGCUGUCAACUUCUCACCCUCGAGUCGCCAUCACCCGCUUCCGGCUAGUGUUGUGCAGCUGGAGCCGCCUCCUCCGAUGCAGCAGGUCCCGCAUACAAUCACAAAGAUAUUCCCUGGGAUGCGCUUCAAUGUCUUUGCGAUCACCACUUUUAGAUCGGUUCCUCGUGAGGUGAGGUUGCGUGCCAAGGUUGAAGGUUUGGCAGAGGUUCUCGAACUCGUGGUGCCUGUCACGACGGUGAAACCAUUCAAGGACGAGUGGUCGUCCAUACCACUCCUACAUAAUUUAGCAGCACGAGAACUGAUGAAGCACUUGGCAGAGGGUAGGGCGCCACUUCCCAAACCUAUGGCACCUGCUUCAGACGAGGAAGUUCGAAAAGCGGCGAUCGUUCGUUUAGGACUUGAGUACCAACUUGUGAGCCAGCACACAUCCUUUGUUGCUAUAGCGUUCGGACGAGAGACAGAAAGGAGCCGGCUGCGCCGGUCAACGUCGUGGCAAAGGUCUCGGCGGCAGCAUGGCAACACUAGUGUCACUGUAGACGCUGUUGAUGGGGAUGCUCCACGAACAGAUGGAUCCACCGUGCAGACCGUUUUGGACAGCUUGUCUCAGGCGGUUUCUGCGGUGUUCAGCUUCUUCUUUCCAGAUACUCCCCCGACAACCCGAAGACGCCAGGGACCACUUCCUGGCACAUAUUAUUCUGCUGCACCAUCCCGCUCAGGCUCGACAUUGAGUCAGAGUGAACGUUCAUUCACACACGACAACUCGAGUACAGAUACGUUCUCUACACUGAGUUCAUUGGAAGGCUCUUCCACUAGUUCUCGAUGGACCUACUCUCGGUCGUCCAGCCCCGUACUUCCCCCAGAAGAUCCAAUCGAACGCGUCCCAUCGCCAGUCUUCGAUUCUAUCACACCAGGGGCACAACAAUCGGGACAUGCAGCACACCUUAUAUUUAUCCCCACCCCUCCCCCAGCACCCGUACCUAAGGAAGCGUACGCUCUCAUCUCGCUACAGAGCUACGACGGCUCGUUCACGCCGUCUCCUCAAUUGGGGGCGCUUGUGGGCGUGGAAACGCUGGCCAAGGCGGCGGAACUGCAAGGUCGACGGGAAUAUAUGGGCGACUGCGGUCGUUGUGGCGUACCUGAAGUAUCAUCUGGUUUCGCAACCGGAUUUGUUGGAUGCGCUGCUGAACAAAGCUCUGGAGUAUGUUAAGGGAAGGGGUGCGGGUUUACUGGUUGGACGAGAUUUUUUCGACUUUGUGGAGAUUGCGGGGAAGUCUGUGGGUUCGCGCUGAGUUCAUCAAUGCGGUGUGAUGAUACGAUUGUUUUGUUAAGUCUAGAAAGCUGGUGCCCGUUUUCUUGUGUUCAACGAGAACUUCAUGAUUUCGAUGGGAUCACACGAUGUCACCUGGUUUCGCAAAAGUGCCUAUGGUGGAGAAGUGCGGAUAUAGGUGUAGCAUCUGGCGACUCCAUUGCGAAAGAAGGUCGUCGAAAAACCUGAAAGGCCUGACUGCCCUGUCUGGACCUUGACCUCCCUUUCUGACAUGUAAUUUCUCCACGCAUCCUCCAAUCAAUGGAUGAGAGACCCCCGAGCUCGGCUUUCUGAGCGAUUAGGUUAGGUUAGG